GAUUACAAGUUCUCUGCAGAGGGUUUUUUGUAUGUUUUUAGGUGGAGCUGAUUUCGCUUAGAAGGAAAGGAGGGCUUUGUUUUUGCAUUUUGUUCUGCAAAGGUGAAAGACGGUGGAAGACGACAUCGUAACGGGCUGAAAUGGACACAAAUUGGAUGCCGUCAGUUUGUAUCUUUGCUGGCUUCUGGAGUCUUGGCCAAAACGACGCCGUUGCUCUUAACAGCACAGCUAGCCGUUAGUCUUCAACUGCAGAGGAGCUCCACCCCAUUUGCCCUAAAACAAAACAUUGACCUCCUCCUUUUCUUCUUCUCUUGCACCGCCUUCUCCCUCCAACCGCACCGGAGACACUCUCUCUCCUGCCAAAGCUCAUCUCAAUCGUAUCUGUACAAAUAUCAUUGCCCUAAACCAAAGCAGAAAGGUAUUCGAUUGAAUUGUGCUUGGGAGACUUGAAAAUUACGGGAUUGAAGCUAGGGUUUGGGUUUAUUUGUUCUCGGUAUACCGAAAUUUAUACUUGAUUAUAUAGGCACUGCACUACUCUUGUUAAACAUGUGGAAUCUAUAACCACUGAAGACAACGAGGUGAUGGAUCUUGAUCAAUUUUAUGCAUAGGGAGGAUUGGGGGACUCAUCAGUUAUAGUGACCAAUGAUUAUUCCAUUGAUGAAUGGAAAGGUGGGACUUCCAUUGAUGAAUCUUGUUAGAUUUAAGGGAAUACCCAUAUUACAACAACUACAUUUGGAGGAACAGCUGCUUCGGACCUCUUCGGAAAAUUGGUGCAUCAUAAAUGACGGAACCAAUGCUCCAACAAUUGUCAUGGGGCUGUCUGGAAAACCUUCAGAACUUCUUGAAGUUGGGUCCGUGUUACGUGAUCAGGUUCCUGUCAUCAAAAGAUUCACUGGGGGAGGCACUGUUAUUGUUGAUUGUGGAACAGUCUUGGUCGCUCUUAUCUGCAACAGGGAUGCUGUUCCUGGUGUGCAACCAUAUCCUCGUUCUAUCAUGGGUUGGAGCGGCUUGCUAUACAAAGAAGUUUUCCGAGGAACUGGUGAUUUCCAACUCCGCGAGAAUGAUUAUGUGUUUGGUAAUCUCAAGUUUGGUGGGAAUGCUCAGUCAAUUAUAAAAAACCGAUGGAUACACCACACAUCUUUUUUAUGGGAUUAUGAAGCAAGGAAUAUGGCAUACCUGAAGCUCCCCACACGUGCUCCAGAAUACCGAGCGGCAAGAAGCCACAUGGAAUUUAUCUGUCAAAUGAAGGACUACAUUCCGAGAUCAGAUUUUAUUAAUAAGACAGUCAAGGCAGUCGAAAACCAGUUCUCUGUUGCACCUUUAGAGUUGGACAUAGAUUCUGUAAUUCAUAACACAGAAUACGUUCACACUACCAGGCUUCUCACAAAACACGAACUUGAGGAAAGUUGGGCAAGCACUGCUCCCCUUGAGAAGUCUAUGUCACUACAGGUCCAGUGAAGUAUACGUUCCAGCAACUCAAUAGGAAAGGCAUACUGAUAAACUUGAAGCCCUUGAUUCCUCCCCCCUUUACCAAGGUGAUCUGUAAAAAAGAGAUUCGAAGAGAAAAUGUAUCAAAAAAUGUGCCACUCUCGUACACGACAAACAAAGAGGGGCCUCAACUCACAUGCACUCUGCCCGCUAUCUCUGCGUGUGGGAUACCGUGUUCGUAAUGCUGUCCGGAACAUAAUCGGGAAGGGAGUGAUAGUGUCAUCCGAACGUUACCUCUUCUUUUACUCUGAUUCUUUCUGAUCCCUUUUCAAGUUAGAGAAGAACCUGCCGACAGAGUCAACAAAAAAAAAAACACAUCUUACACAGAAGCCAAUGACAGCUCAUUUUACCGUUGACCAUUCAUUAUCAAGCCACUUUUACGACCGUGAAAUUUUUUCCAAAUACUAAUUUCUU